AUGGUUGAAAACAGUGAAAUUAAUCAUAUUACAAGAGGUGUUUCUAUUCAUAUAUUUGAACCAGCCGAUAUCUCUGAAGAAACAAAACACACUCAAAAAAGAACUCGAACACGAGGAAAUUCAUUCUAUGGAAGAGAGCGACCUGUUUUCAAUGGAAAUAAACAAUGCCUUCAUGCCAACAGUUGUACUUUACCAAAUAAGAGUUGGUCAAUAUUUAUUCCAAAAGGUACAAUUGGCAAACAAAUUUCAGGAGAGCCUUAUAACUUUGAAUAUACAUUCUCUAAAUCAUAUGAUAUAGGUGUUUCUCUCACUAUUGGUAAGAGAAAUUAUAUGGAAGAUGAAGUACUUAUUGCAGGAAAUGUAAAAGAAGGAAUAGAUCUAAUUGGUAUUUUUGAUGGACAUAAUGGUUCUGAUGCAGCAAAAUUAGCUGCGAAAUUAUUUAAAGAAGAAAUAAAACAUUUAGAAGAAUUUGAUUGGAUAGCCCUUUUUGAACGAGUUCACUCAACCAUUAUCAAAUCAACAGAAUCAGGGACUACAGCAACACUAGCCCUAAUUUAUAAGAAUAAAAUUACAUUAAUCCAUUGUGGUGACUCAACAGCCUUUGCAUUAAAAAAAAGAAAAUUAAAAAAAUUAACACACGACCAAAACACUUCUUGUUUAGAAGAGGUCUCGUCUAUUAAAAAAAAUGGUGGGGUUGUUGAAUUUAAUGGUGGUAUUCUUCGAGUAAAUGGACAGAUUUCAGUUACAAGAUCAUUGGGUGAUAAAAAAUUCCAUCCACCAUUAACGUGUAUUCCUGAAGUGAUUGAAUUAGAAAGUGAUGGUAUCACUUCCUUAAUCUUAACAUCUGAUGGAAUAUCAUCAGUACUUCAACCUGAUGAAAUAGAAGCAGUAAUGAAUUCUGAAAUGAAUGCUGAAGAAAAGUCAUCAACUUUAAGAAAUCAAUCCUUCAUAAGAGAAGGAAAAGAUAAUAUGAGUGUCAUAGUAAUCUCUUUUAAUUGA